AUGUCAAAACAACUGAAGCAACUAGGGGAUGACAUUUGGAAGAAUCAGGUGGAGAAGAUCAAUUCAGAAUUGUUUACACUCACAUAUGGUUCGGUCGUGGCACAACUAUGCAAAGAUCUAGACAACAAUUAUGAUCAAGUUAAUAACGAAUUAUAUAAAAUGGGCUAUAACAUUGGAGUACGGCUAAUUGACGAAUUUCUACAAAAGACGCAACUCAGUAGAUGCACAAAUAUGCAUGAAACGGCCGAGGUUGUGUCGAAAAUAGGCUUUAAAAUAUUCUUAAACAUCACUCCAACGGUAUCUCACUGGACAGCAGAUAAUAAAUCGUUUGGUCUCAUUUUGGUGGAAAACCCGUUAGCCGAUUUUGUUGAACUACCAAAUACCGAGGCAAGAAAGAAAUUAUGGUAUUCGAAUGUACUCUGCGGAGUAUUGAAAGGAUGCUUAGAGAUGGUUCAACUAGAUUGUGAUGUGAGCUUCUUGCAAGAUAGUUUGAAAGGUGAUGAGAACACUGAAAUACGCGUGAAACUCAACAAGAUUCUUAAAGACGAAAUACCUGCUGGAGAGGAAUAA